GUUGCCGGCCUUCCUUUUUCUUUGGCCGUCGCGUUACAAACUCACGCAAUACACGCGCACCAUGAAGCCACCAUUAUUGACGAUAUCGAAACAAACACCCGGUUUCCGCUGGACGCCACCAAGCAAAAAGUGCCAACACAAGGUGUUUUUAGGUGCUUGGACAUCACCGCCGAUAAUCCGGCAUAUAACCAGGCACACUUUGGCAUUGCACGUCGAUGAUCCCACACAUAACAACGAGGACCUCUCAUAUCGACCAUGGCCAUGGCUGCCUCCUUCCACCGCGCUCUCAACGGCGGCGAAGCCGCACACACGGAGCUAGUACUACUAGUCCUUUUCAUGGUCCUCGCCUUGGCGUCCUCCUCCGCCUCCGCCAUUGAUGGCAGCGGCAGCAACCUCACCGCCGGGUUCGUCCAAGUGGAGCUCCCGGAGGGCAACUUCGUGGUGCAGAGCCCCUACGACGUGCCGGAGAACCAGCGCUACAGCUACGACAACGUCACCGGCGUGCGCACCUUCUUGGUCUACGCCGGCGACAAGCCCUUCAACACCGUCACCGGCACCAAGCCCCGCACCGAAGUCCGCCUCUCCGGCCACGACUACUCGUCGGGGGUGUGGCAGUUCGAGGGCUACGGCUACGUGCCGACGGGGACCUCCGGCGCGUCGGUGAUGCAGAUCCACAACGAGGAUGCCGGCGCGAAAGCCACGACGCUGAUGCUGCAUGUCUACAAUGGCACGCUGCAGUACUACAGCGGCGAGGUUGUGGAGGAUGGCAUCUACGACCGCUGGUUCCGCCUCAACGUGGUGCACGACGUCGGCGCAUCCACGGUCGCCGUGUACGUCGACGGCGCGCCGAGGCUGGCUGUCGACGUGACGCCGAGCGCGUCGCACUACUUCAAGUUUGGGGUGUACAUGCAGCACCACGACGUGUCGCCGUUGAUGGAGUCGCGCUGGAGGAACAUCACCGUAUACACGAAACCUUACUAAUUAUUAACUGGCUACUAGCUAGCUAGACUUCUACUAGUCAGUAGAGCAAUCUCUGUAUCCUUUUGAGUUGAAAUUUAAAACGGGUUCAAAUAAUAUAUAUAGUGCCGAUCGAGCGCUAUAGACGUAGGAGCACUCUGUCAUUGAUCCCUCAAAAAACUCGUAGUGAACAAUAAUGUUUUUGUCAUUGUUUUAGCUGAU